CUUAUUGUUUAAACUACUCUGUUUCACUUUUAACUUUUAACCCAAACCCAACCCAAUGGAGGAAUACCCGGAGGAGCUGCGUACGCCGCCGGUAGCUCUCACCUGUCUCGUCGGCUGCCCGGAGGUCCAUCCCCUUAUUACGGCGCAUCUCCACUCCCAGCAGCCCCCAAUCAACGCCAUCGCAUUGCCCGAUUUCUCCAACAUCUCCGUCAUCCCUCCCAAGAAGCCCCCCACAGACACUCCCUCCGCCGGCAUUAUCAAGCGUGAUUGGCUCUCCAAGCACCGCACUAGGAUUCCCGCCGUCCUCGCUGCCAUUUUCACCUCGCGCGAUCUCUCCGCCGAUCCCGCUCACUGGCUUCAACUCUGCUCCCACCUCGACAACCUCAAGGCUUCGAUUCGCGGGAGGAACAUCAAAUUGGUGCUGCUGAUUCUCACUAAUUGGGAUAAUAAAGAUGAUACAAAUGAAGAGCGUAUACUUGCCUUGAGAAAACGCGCAGAAGUAGAUUUGAAAAAUCUUAUCAUAUUUGUACCAGAUCACGAGGAGGAGCUUCAGAAAUCCCUUAACAGGGUGUGGACAGUGUUUGGAGAACUGGCAGCCACAUAUUAUAGGGAUGAAGGUCGAAGAGUACGAUCGCGUCUAGAAAAGAAAAAUUACACCUCAAUAGAGCUAUAUAUUCGGUACUGUUUCAAGGUUGCUAUAUAUGCAGAAUUUAGGAGAGACUGGCUCGAAGCUCUCAAGUUCUAUGAGGAUGCAUAUCACGGACUGCGAGAGAUGGUUGGAACAUCAACUAGAAUGCCUCCAAUCCAACGCCUGGUUGAAAUCAAGGCGGUUGCUGAACAACUCCAUUUUAAAAUGUCAACAUUAUUGCUGCACGGUGGAAAAGUUCUUGAAGCAAUUAUGUGGUUUCGCCAGCACACUGCUAAUUAUAGGAAACUUGUAGGAUCGCCAGAAGUUAUAUUUCUUCAUUGGGAAUGGUUAAGCAGACAAUAUAUGGUAUUUGCUCAACUGUUGGAGACAAGCUCACCCAAUGAUGCUCUAUAUGUUCCAAGUACGGCCUCUGUUCCGGAAGAAAAACCAACUGAAUGGGAAUUUUAUCCUGCUUACUACUAUCAGUUGGCAGCUACCUACAUGAAGGAAAAGAAUACAUGUCUGGAAUUUGCACUGUCUAUGUCCGUAGAUGUUGGUCCAAUUGAUGGUAGUGCAGAGUCUGUGGUGGCUUCUGCGUAUCUUGGUCAGUAUUCCAGGUUGCUUGAGCAUGAAGAUACUUUCAUAAUGCAACCUCUAACAGAUGAGGAAUAUACCCGUUAUGCACUUGCAGAAGGGAAAAGAUUCCAGGAUUCCUUUGAAAUUAUUGCCCUUCUAAAGAAAUCAUUUGAAGCAUACAGUAGUUCAAAAGCUGAAAGAGCAGCUGCUUAUUGUGGACUACAGAUGGCUAGAGAAUACUUUUGUCUAAAUGACUUUAGUAAUGCCAAGCAAAUGUUUGACAGUGUAGCGAAUCUUUACCGACGAGAAGGCUGGCUACUGUCAUUGUGGGAAGUCUUGGGGUACUUACAAGAGUGCUCAAAGGGUAUGAGUUCAGCCAAAGACUUCAUAGAAUAUUCACUUGAAAUGGCGUCUCUGCCUGAAACAACCAGUUCUGUAGAGUCGUUCGCUAAUAGCUGGGGUCCAGCAGGGCCCGCAACUCAUUCCGAGAGAGAAAAAAUACACAAGGAAGCAUUUGAGGUUUCCAGAGGGGAGUUAAAACUUAAUUCCGAUGAACAGAAUAGUGCCUUUAAAGUGAAUACUGAUAAUCCACUUUAUCUUGAGAUUGAUCUUAUUAGUCCACUAAGGGCGACUUUCAUAGCUCUAGUCGCGUUUCAUCAGCCAACGGUUAAGCCAGGUGCUCCAUCUCUCAUCACUAUAUCACUUCGAUCCCAAUUGCCGAUAAAUGUUGAGAUUGAUCAGUUGGAAGUGCAAUUCAAUCAAUCAGCGUGUAACUUUAUUAUAUCAAAUGGUCAGAAGCCACAGACAGGUUCAAUUUCCAAUAUACAACCAGGUCACAGGGUUGAGACAGCUCCUGAUCUGGUGCUUGCUGCAAACAAAUGGCUACGACUGACCUAUGAGAUAAAAUCUGAUCUGAGUGGAAAACUUGAAUGUAUAUAUGUAAUUGCUAGAAUAGGACCAAACUUCACAAUUUGCUGCAGAGCUGAAAGUCCUGCCUCGAUGAAUGAUUCGCCACUUUGGAAAUUUGAGAAUCUACUGGAAACUAUUCCCAUCAAGGAUCCAGGUCUGGCAUCAUCUGGACAGAAGGCUAUACAAGUUGAAGAACCAGACCCACAAGUGGAUUUGAUUUUGGGUUCUUCUGGCCCUGCAUUGGUUGGAGAAAGCUUUAUUUUGCCUGUGAUAGUUUCCUCCAAAGGACAUGCAGUGCAUUCAGGUGAAUUAAAAAUUAAUCUUGUAGAUACAAGAGGAGGUGGUCUUCUUAGUCCGAGGGAAGAAGAACCAUUCUCAUCUGACAAUCUCCAUGUUGAGCUUGUUGAUAUGUCGUGCGAUACACCUGGCGAUAAGUCUGAAGCUCCUCCCGACAAUAUACAUAAAAUUCAACCAUCUUUUGGAUUGAUUUCUGUGCCAUCCCUAGACGUGGGGGAGUCAUGGUCGUGCAAACUGAAAAUUAAGUGGAAUCGUCCUAAGCCUAUUAUGCUUUAUGUCUCAUUGGGCUACUCUCCUCAGAGUGAUGAACCUAGUUUGCAGAAAGUGCAUGUCCAUAAAAACUUGCAGAUUGAAGGGAAAACUGCUGUAGCAAUCAACCAUUGGUAUAUGCUUCCUUUUAGGCAGGAUCCUCUUUUGCUAUCGAAGCUCAAGUCAGUUUCGGAAACUGAUCAAGCACCUUGCCUUGCUUUGAAUGAAAAGACAAUGCUUAUAAUCAGUGUCAAGAAUUGCUCAGAGGUUCCCCUGAAAUUGUUAUCUAUGUCUAUUGAGACGGAAGAGAAAAGCAGUGCUUGCACUAUACAACCUCAGCAGGAAGAGUUCCGGGAAGCCAUUGUCAAUAUGCCAGGGGAAGAGUUCAAGAAGGUUUUCACUAUCUUUCCCAAAGUGAACUCUAGUAAGCUGAAGAUUGGGACUGUGAGUCUGAGAUGGGAAAGAGGAGAACAACCCCAUUCUAACACCACUGCAUCUCAAGUUAUGAAACAUAGACUCCCUGAUGUGAGUGUGGAACUACCUCUGUUGGUUGUGAGUUCAGAAUGUCCACCUCAUGCAUUUCUUGGAAGCCCUUUUCUAUAUUCUGUCAAGAUACUCAAUCAGACAGAGAUGCUUCAAGAGAUCAAAUGCUCGAUAUCUGAUUCACAGAGCUUCGUCCUAUCCGGGCCCCACAGUGACACAAUGCUUGUCCUGCCCCGGUCAGCUCAGGUUCUUGCGUACAUGCUUGUUCCGUUGGGAUUAGGAUCGCUUCAGCUCCCUAGAGUUUCUGUGACCUCGGUGAGGUAUUCUGCUGGUUUACAACCAUCCACUGCGUCAUCGCUUGUCUUCGUCUACCCAGCCAAGCCUCAUAUCGGUGAUACUUGAACCCAGUGGUGUCUUCAACUCCUAUUGUAACACCAACCAUGAAAUCCCAUUCCUCAUCUUCAUAUCAUGCUCUUGUGCAGUUAAAAUAUCAUUUGAUUUGUAAGCAUUAUUGUCGUGUAUUCAACUCAGAUGUGACUAGAGAAGUUAAUAUCGCUAAAAGAAGUAAUGUAUACAAUACAGAGACCACAAUAUGAUUUUUAAAGCUGCUUCACGUUUCAACUAGUAAUCA